AUGAAAAAAGAUUAGAGUUAGUAAUAAUCAUAUUUUGAUUAUCAUAAUUAAGAUGAUUUUAGAAAUAAAUAGCAUAAUAAAAAAGUUAUAUUUAGAUAUUAAAUUUUGAAGAAAUUGUAAUCCUUAUUAAAACAGAUAUAUAACCUGAAGCUGGAGAACUUUGAUCAUCAAUAUUUCUUGGACCACUUAGGUUGCAGGAAAAUGUGAAAUAUUAUUCAUAGUAAAAGAAUAUUUCCGCAAUUGAUCCGAACAAUUCUUAGAAGUUCCUUAUUGAUUAUACCAUUGAAAUGAGUUCUAAACAUUUGACUAUCGGAUCAGUUGCUCCACCCAUUGUACCUGGAAAAAUACGUUUGUAUAGUAUGCGAUUUUGUCCAUAUGCCCAAAGAAUUCAUUUAGUACUUGAUGCGAAACAUAUACCUCACGAUGUUGUUUAUGUAAAUUUGACUCAUAAACCUGAUUGGCUACUAGAAAAAAGUCCUUUGGGUAAAGUUCCAUGUAUAGAAUUAGAAGGAGGAGAAAUAUUAUAUGAAAGUCUUGUAAUUGCUGAAUAUUUGGACGAUACAUAUCCACAAAACAAACUAUAUCCUAAUGAUCCUCUAGCUAAAGCUAAGGAUAAAUUAUUAAUUGGUAGAUUUAAUUCUGUUAUAAAUACUAUGUAUAAGUUGUUUAUUAAUACAUCUAUAGAUCAAGAUAUAUUUGAUGAAGCUUUAUCAGAAUUGGAACUUUUUGAAAGAGAACUUGCAUCAAGAGGUACACCAUUCUUUCAUGGUAAUUCUCCUGGCAUGUUAGACUUUAUGAUAUGGCCAUGGUGGGAAAGAUCCAAUACAAUUAAAAUGCUACGUGGAGAUCAAUUUACUAUACCACAUGAUAGAUUUAAAAGACUGUUGGAAUGGAGAUCUGCCAUGAAAGAAAAUCCUGCUAUUAGAUCUAAUUAUCUUGAUACUGAAAUACAUGCUAAAUACAUGCAAAGUCGUCGUGCUGGAACUCCACAAUAUGACUUGAUUACUGAUUAAUAAAUUUUAACUUACCCUUCAUAUGUUCAUAAAUUAAAAUAUAACAUAAUGCUUCAAUAACUUAACUGUUCUCAGUUAAAUACUGUAAAUUUGUUGUAAAAACAAAUAAUGUAAUAUAAAUAAUUUAAAAUUUUUUUUUUACUACUUAUAUAAUAAGAUAAUUAUAUUUUAUAUUAUGAAAUUAAUUCGUUUAUGCAAUGUAAA